AUGGCAUCGGUCUUCCGAAACCCGGCCGCAAUUUACGGCGCGGCCAUUGGCCUCCGCGUGGUUCUCCUAUUUUACGGAGCGUGGCAAGACGCACACUCGGCCGUGAAAUACACAGAUAUCGACUAUAUGGUCUUCACCGAUGCAUCGCGCUAUGUGUCUCGAGGAGAGUCCCCCUACUCCCGCGACACAUACCGCUACACGCCCCUGCUAGCGUGGAUGCUGCUUCCCACCACCUGGGCCAUCCCGGGUUUCUUCUCCUUUGGCAAGGCCCUCUUCGCACUGUCCGAUGUUGUGGCGGGGUGGCUUGUCGCGAAGUCCUUGGUUUUAACGCACGGGAUGACGCCAGAACGCUCUCUAAAGUAUGCUAGUUUCUGGCUUCUAAAUCCUAUGGUCGCGAAUAUCAGCACGCGUGGUAGCUCCGAGGGUUUGUUGGGGGUGUUGGUUAUCGCGUUGCUCUGGGCUGUUCUGAACCGCAGGAUCUACCUGGCUGGUAUCCUGUUAGGUCUCGGUGUGCAUUUCAAGAUCUAUCCGUUUAUCUACGGGGUUUCUACUCUGUGGUGGCUGGAAGACGAGGGGCCUAUUCCUGCUACAACCACUGCUACCCCGCGUAUAUCGGAAAGUCGGGAGGCCGAACCCAAAUUCAACAACGCUACGACUAAAUCGCCAGGUGAACAAACCAGACCCGACCCUACUACGACCCCUGUCAGCAUUGCGUCGCAGAUCGUCGACUUCAUCACCCCGUGUCGGAUUCGGCUCACCCUAACAUCCUUGCUUACCUUUGCUGUCCUCAAUGCCGCCAUGUACCUGCGCUACGGCACGCCUUUCCUCCAGCACACAUACUUCCACCAUUUAACCCGCAUUGACCAUCGGCAUAAUUUCUCGCCUUAUAGUUCCCUUCUAUACCUAACUGCUGCUGCGGACCCCACGAGUGGGUAUGGAAGCCCUACCGGAAGCUUUGAAUCCCUGGCUUUCAUCCCGCAGUUGCUCCUCGCUGUCGUCCUUAUUCCGCUCAUUCUAGGCAAGAAGGACCUACCGGGGACGAUGCUUGCGCAGACGUUCGCAUUCGUCACAUUCAACAAAGUCUGUACAAGCCAGUACUUCCUCUGGUACCUGAUCUUCCUUCCCUUUUACCUCCCCACGUCAUCCCUCCUGCAGAACCCCCGAUUGGGAGCAUUCGUUGCUGCGUUGUGGGUUGUCGGCCAGGCCCUCUGGCUGCAACAAGGGUAUCUUUUGGAGUUCCUAGGAAUAUCGAGUUUCGUCCCGGGCUUGUUUCUCGCGAGCCUGGGGUUCUUUGCGGUGAACGCUUGGAUUUUAGGGAUUAUUGUGGAAGAUGUUGGUGGCGGUACUCGUAGUGUGAAGGGCCAAUAA